CUCUACGAGAAGGAGACCAAAUUCAAAAUCUCCAGCCAUGUUUAGCUAUCUCAGCUCAGUGAGCAAGAGGCUUCUGCAGCCACGGUCCCUCCCGGCACUCGUUGUUCCGGUAAAGGACAUUUGUACCAGCCAGGCCUUUUUCAAAAAGGACAAGACCGACUACCGGAAGCCGAUUGACUGUCCGGCGUCCAGGGACAAACAAUGCAAGAAUCAGAAGGGGCCUCCGUGCAGUCCUACGGAUCCUCCCGUGCAAUCGUGCAACGAGAGCUACUGCAAGAAGCCCCGAUAUCCUUGCUGCGUGAAUACGCGCAUCUCGAAGAGCCCCUGCGAGAAGUCCGGCCGCAGCAAGGACUUCAAGCCAAGGCCCGAUCCCUUCGUCUCCAUGUGGGAGAGCUACAAGGAUGUGAAGGAUAAGCGACCCGAGUACUUGUGGCACUACCCAGAGCACUGCUGUCCCAAGUGCGAGGACGUGCGAUUCGACGUCCUCUACUACAAGCCCUCGGACAAGUGUCGCACCUACCAGCGCACCUGGUGGGAGUGCUGUCCCCGGAUGGUGCCCAAGCGGGUGUGCUGCUGGUGCGACGCCGUGCCGCCGCAGGUCCUGCGCCGCAACCUGCCGAUCUGCCCGCGUUCCGCUUGCAGCAUGGAUCAGGAGAAGAGUCGCAUGGAUUGCAUAAAUCGCAAGGCCAAGGGAUGUCAGCGACUUCAAAUGCCCUGCUGCCGCGCGGCUCGGAUUCCCCCAUCCUGCCACAUCGUCCGAGUUUCAUCCGGCUGCAAGAAGAUCAAGUGUCCGUUUCCCAGCUUCUCCGAGUGCGUGCAGGAGGACCGAGCCGUCAUCCCAGAGCGUCCGCCCGAGUGCAGAUGCAGACAAAUGCCCCUCAUGUGCGAAAGGUUUUCCCACGCCGCCCAUAUGGCCAAGCAUGGAAUCGCCCUCUGCCCCUGUCCCAAGUGUCCCCAGGCUUCUCAAGAAUUCGAUUAA